AUGUUAAUCUGUGAUUCUUUAUACCUUGAAAAUGAUGAUGAUGAUGAUGAUGAUGAUGAUGAUGAUGAUGAUGAUGAUGAUGAUGAUGAUGAUGAUGAUGAUGAUGAUGAUGAUGAUGAUGAUGAUGAUGAUGAUGAUGAUGAUGAUGAUGAUGAUGAUGAUGAUGAUGAUGAUGAUGAUGAUGAUGAUGAUGAUGAUGAUGAUGAUGAUGAUGAUGAUGAUGAUGAUGAUGAUGAUGAUGAUGAUGAUGAUGAUGAUGAUGAUGAUGAUGAUGAUGAUGAUGAUGAUGAUGAUGAUGAUGAUGAUGAUGAUGAUGAUGAUGAUGAUGAUGAUGAUGAUGAUGAUGAUGAUGAUGAUGAUGAUGAUGAUGAUGAUGAUGAUGAUGAUGAUGAUGAUGAUGAUGAUGAUGAUGAUGAUGAUGAUGAUGAUGAUGAUGAUGAUGAUGAUGAUGAUGAUGAUGAUGAUGAUGAUGAUGAUGAUGAUGAUGAUGAUGAUGAUGAUGAUGAUGAUGAUGAUGAUGAUGAUGAUGAUGAUGAUGAUGAUGAUGAUGAUGAUGAUGAUGAUGAUGAUGAUGAUGAUGAUGAUGAUGAUGUUUUCUUACUUUAA